UUUGUUUGCCGUUAAGAUUUUAGUUUUUCAAUUUAGAUUUAAAUAAUUUAAGUGUUUCACACCCGUUAGUUCAUUUUCUCUUAUUUUUAUUCCAAUAAAUUAUCAUUUUAAAUUGUUGUUUGUUCUCAUUUGUAGAUACAAUUAUUGAAUUAUAGAAACUGUAGGCACUAUAGUCGUCUAUCAAUUAUCAAAAGGCGCCAAUCGUAAAGCUAAGUCGGUGUACUCGCAGGCACUUAUUGAUUUGAAUUACGGUAAUUUGUCUUGUCCAAAGAUUGAUUAAUCGCAGUUUAAAAAACUAAUAGAAUGGAUCAGACAUCAAAUACUUCAAGACUUGUGAAGACUUACGGGAAACCUAGACGUACUCAACUUAUAGGACAAAAUUCAUUAUGGAAUGAUGAUUUAAAUGAUGACUUCGACAAAUGUUUGGGUAUUGAGGAUGUUCCACAAACAACAUUUGUCUCACCUGAACCAAGUGGUUCAGUUACAAUGUACAAGCCUAAAAAAAAAAAAAAAAAUGAAAAUCAGAAGCAUUCUGAUUUUGGUGGAUGGUCAAUGCACUUACAUUCUACUUUAGAUGGUCAUAGAAAUAAUUUGAGUUCAAAAAAGAGAUAUACAGAAUACAAUUUAGAUACUAAUCAUAAAAAGAAAAAACUUUUGUUGAAAAGUGCUAAAAAAAAAAAGGAAAAUUUAAAUAUCACAAAUAGUUCAAAAGGAGUAACCCCAAUCUCGAUCAAGAAAUUAAAAAACAAAUUUGUCUUAUCUAAAGAACAGUGUUCUACUCCAUUACAGAAAUCUAUGUUAUUUCCCUAUGGUAACAAAUUCAAGAGUAUUUCUUCAAAAAAAAAAAAAAAAACAAAAUCAAAGAAAAAUUUGGCCCAUAUCACCAAUACUAUUAAUUCUUCAGAACUUCCCAAGCAACUAGAAUAUUCACAUUUAAAUACUUCUAACAUUUCAAGGAAAACAAAUGAUGAAUAUAAUAACUUAUUUGAUGAGUCUGUUCUAAUAUCUAGUUCUCAUUUUCCACCAUCAAAAAAUAAAUAUUCAGAAUAUAGUAAAUCUAAUAACCAAAUUAUUUCCAACAGCCCUAGUAGACUAUGUAAACUAAACAAAAAAAAAAUAACCUGCUCAAAAGAAAAAAACUCAAAUUGGUAUCAAAAAGUUAUGAAUAUUUUUUGCGAUGAAGAAUCUAUUAAUUUAGAAAAAUCGAAAAAUCACAAUGUUAAAACUACAGAGGAUAAUAUAAACACGUGUACUUUUGAACCAGUUUUAAUGUAUGAAACUAUCCAAUUGAAUCCAUCAGAACAGCAGAAGCAAUCAUUACCAUUAUCCAAUUUAAAUAACACAUCAUUUCAAUCUUUACAACAUUCUAAUAAAAGUUCAUCUGAAAAUGAUAAUCAUUGUAUGUUGUCUUUAGAUCAUUCUAAAUCAAACAUAGAUAAUAGCAUCAUCACUAUUGAGGAGUCUCAACCAAGUCAAUUAUAUGAUAAACAUCUUUCUACGUUCACAAGUUCUUUGUAUGAAUCAUGUUAUCGGCUUGAUAAAAGUAAAUCGAUUGAAGACUGUAGGUUACCAAAUGUUGAUUUUAUAUCUGUAAAUAGUUUAAAUGAUGAAGCUUUUGCGAUUAAAACCAACAAUGAAGACUAUGAAUUACUUAAACUUAAUCAAUUUAAAACUCCAUCUUCGUGUGAAAAUUCAACUCGCAUGAUACAAAAUAACUUAAAAGCAGAAGAUUUGAGUAACUUAUGCUACUCAAGGCAAGACUAUUCAAAAGUUUCGUCUUCUGAUGACCUCGAUUUUAGAUUGCUAAAUAUAUUAGAUCGAAUUGACAAUAAUAAACAGAGUGCAUAUGCUCAAAAUAAUCAAAGUUCUUUAACACCAUUAGAAAACAUGAGACAACAAUUUAAUUGUUAUCCACCAGAUUCUGAAUCACAGAUUUUAUUAGAUGUAACAACUAAGUUUUCUGAUAUUAAAAUUGAUGACACAACUGAGCAGUAUGAUAAAUCUAUUAAAGAGAAAAGUGUAUUUGGCAAACUUGAUCAUACAUACACAUCAAAUCUCAAACAGGACAUUAUUUUAAAUAAUUCUUCUAUUUUACAAAGUUCAUCUAGUUUGGAACAAGAUACUGUUAUUUACAAACAAAAGGGUUCAGAUGUAUUACAUACAAAAGAGAGUUCUGAUUAUAAUAAUCUUUUAUUUAAUGACAAAAGUAUUGAGUUAAAAUCACAUAUAACGAUAAACCGAUGUAAAGAAAAAAUCAAUGCCAAAAAUCAAAUAAAUAUUUCGGAUAGUGUAUCAAAUGACAUAGAAAUCAAUGAGUCAAAUUUGUCUGUAUUUAUGCCGCGACGAAAGAGAUAUGCUACUCGUUUUCAGAGUUUGGAUGUCAUUGAUGAGUCUAGUCAAUUAGAGACCAACUUCACCGAGGAAAACUCAAUAGUUUUUCAUUUAGAACCGGGUAAAAAAUGGCGUCGCUCUAUGUCAAUUGUUCGAAGUUUUAUGGAUAGAAAUAUGAACGAAUCUAUAAAUUUCACCAAAGGACGAAAAUGGGCUUAUACAGUUGAUGAUGUAUUAAGACGGCAAUCUAUAAGUACUAGUAAUCAUCAAAAUUUUGAUCAAAGCAAUGUUUUCAAAAAUUCAAUUUCCAGUUCCAGCCAAAAAUACAUGCAUAGAACUUUUGUUGAUACUAGUAUUUAUCAAAAUUUAGAUCAAAGAAAUAUUUUGAAAAAUUUAACGUGCAGUUCCAGCCAAAACCUGCAAAUAACUUCUACUGAUCUUGAAGAUCAGAAAGCCAGAAGUUACAUUUUUGAAGUGUGUCAUCAACGAGAAUUUAUAUCUUUUGAAUCGUGGUUAAACCCUAAGUGUAUAAAUAAAUGGAAAAAGGUUGGAGAAGGUGUAUAUGGCGAAGUAUUUAGCUACUCAAGUGGAAAUCGAUGUACUAUUGUUAAAAUCAUUCCUAUAGAAGGUGAAGUGAAUAUUAAUAGUGAGCAACAGAAGAAAAUGUUCGAAGUCUACAGUGAAAUUGUAAUAGCUACAGAGUUGAAUAAGUUGUGGAACAAAUCUAAUUUGAAUUAUACAAGCUCAUUUUGUAAACUCAAACGUGUUUCCUGUGUUCAAGGAAAAUAUCCUAGUAUUUUGAUUAAUUACUGGCAUCAAUAUGACAAAGAUAAAGGUUCUGAUAACGAUAAUCCUAACAUACUGCCAAAUGAUCAAAAGUUUAUGAUUUUGGAAAUGGAAAAUGGUGGUACUGAUGUAGAAAAUUUUAUUUUCAACUCUGCAGACCAAUCAUUAUUUGCAUUUUUACAGAUUGUUUUUGGGUUAGCUGUUGCUGAAGAAGCAUACAAGUUUGAACACCGUGAUUUACAUAUUGGUAACAUUUUAGUAAAAAAAUGUUCAAACAAGAAAAUAGCUUAUGAAUUGGGUGGUGAACAUUUUAAUUUACCAUCGCGGGGAAUUAAGAUAACAAUAAUUGAUUACACCUUAAGCAGAAUGACAUAUAAUUCCAAUCAUAUAUAUAAUGAUCUUGCUAAAGAUACAGAAUUAUUUACUUCAGUGGGUGACUACCAAUUCGACAUUUAUCGUAUGAUGAGAAAAGAAACUAAUGAUCAAUGGGAAUUGUUUAAACCAGCCACAAAUAUAUACUGGCUACAUUAUGUAUUGGAUAAAAUGCUUACGUCAGUGCAUUAUAAAAAAACUAACACAAUUCUACAUAAUAAUGGUUUUUCAAAUCUGGAACAGUUGAAAAAUGUCAUAUUAUCCUUUGAUAGUGCAAAAAGUUUUGCUGAAAGUGAAUUAAUAUUGAAUUUAAUAGGGUACUAGAAGUUAUGAAAAAAAAAACAGUACAUG